AGCUCCUAAAACAAACUUUGUUUUGGCCUGAUUUAGUUCGAAAUGACAGUUCGUUCUUUGAUUUCUCUUAAAGUAUAUCGGGGCCUUUACAGAGUUUACCAUGCUUUGCAAAGUAACAAUUACUAUGCAAAGUUUUUGUUUUCCUGUAGAGAGUUUACAUUCUUAUGGCUGUGUUACUCACCUUUUUCAUUUGAAUGAAAAUGAAAGUCUUCAUUUCUGAAUGGUAUAAUGUUAUUGACUGUAUUUCUUGUUUUGAAGUUAUAAUUUCACGUAUUUCUUUAUUCUUUGUGUGAAGAGGUUUGUUUGUCCCUCAAUACCAAAGCUCUAGAAGACCAGCAGGUAGAUAUCUUCACUUCUGACACUUUAUUAUAUAGAGUCUCUGCACACAAUUGCAUGAAUGUAAAGGGUACGUGUAGCUUUGCCACAUGACUCUUUCACUCUCCAGCUAUUGCACGUUUAAAGUGCUUCUGUACCCUUUAUGUCAUGCAGUGUCUAGCAUUACAAGGUAACCGUGACUCCACUAAAUCCCAUAACUCUAGUACGUGUCCUGUGUUCAGGACCUUCCUAGUCCUCUUAACCACCCGUAUGUAUCCUAACUGGUGCUAACUUCAUUUAAUCAAUUCUGUUUUCAUGCUUUUAUAAAACUGAUGCAUUUCAGCUGUGUAAACUCUCAUUGUGAUGUGUGUUGUGAAGAACAUCGAGACGCUCUGAUGCCGUUAACAGCCUCGUGUGAAAUGUCUUGAGUAGAUCAGAUCCCAUGUCCCAGUGGGAUUUUGGACGCUCUUCACAGAGACGCUGCUUUCACAAGCAGUUGUCGGGUGCCAUUCUUUGUGUCCCAUACUGUUACGUAACGUGGCAGAACGGCACAGUUAGCACUUUCCUACCACAAAGAACUAUUGUUGGUUUUAUCCCAACUGUUUAGUUGCUCCUUUCCAAUACAUUGGCUCCCGUUGACGGGUGUAAUUAGGGUAUUUUGACCUUUUACUAUGUUACCAAAUCCUAACCCAUAGUACUGCAGAUCCUCUAAUUGUUUAAUCCAUGUUUGUUGGGCAGGAUGGAGGCCGAGCUUCAAGUACUACAACAUGUGGGUGUCUCUGGCUGGGGCGAUCCUGUGUUGUGUGGUUAUGUUCAUCAUCAACUGGUGGGCGGCCCUCCUGACCAACGUCAUCGUCUUGUCCCUCUACAUCUACGUCAGCUACAAGAAACCAGAUGUGAACUGGGGUUCGUCCACUCAAGCGCUGACUUAUCAUCAGGCCCUGACACACAGUUUACAGCUUUGUGGAGUAGCCGACCACAUCAAAACCUACAGGCCACAGUGUCUGGUGAUGACUGGAGCUCCAAACUCACGUCCAGCUCUUCUUCAUCUGGUCCAUGCCUUCACCAAGAACGUGGGUCUGAUGGUGUGCGGCCAUGUGCGCAUCAGCUCCCGGCGGCCCAACUUUAAAGAGAUAAACAGUGAUAUGCUGCGCUACCAAAGGUGGCUCCUCAACAACAACUCCAAGGCAUUUUACACGCCUGUGGUGGCUGAAGACCUUCGUCAAGGAACCCAGUACCUGCUGCAGGCUGCUGGUCUGGGUAGAUUGAGGCCCAACACUCUGGUGCUCGGCUUCAAGAACGACUGGCGUAUUGGAGAUAUAAAGGACGUUGAGACCUACAUAAACCUAAUGCAUGAUGCGUUUGAUUUUCAGUACGGUGUCGUCAUUCUCAGACUGCGAGAGGGACUCGAUAUUUCUCACAUUCAAGGCCAAGAUGAUUCUUCAGCUGUGAAGGAUGUGGUGGUUUCAGUGGACAUGAGCAAAGACUCGGAUGGAGACUCGUCCAAACCCUCCUCCAAGGCCACCAGUGUCCAGAACAGCCCGGCUGUCCAGAAAGAUGAGGAUGAGGAUGGCAAAGCCCACACUCAGCCGCUGUUGAAGAAAGAUAAGAGGAGCCCGACGCUUCCCCUGAAUGUGGCCGAUCAGCGGCUGUUGGACGCCAGUCAGCAGUUCCAGCAGAAACAGGGGAAGGGCACCAUCGACGUGUGGUGGCUCUUUGAUGACGGAGGUCUGACUCUACUAAUCCCCUAUCUGAUCGCCAACAAGAAGAAAUGGAAGGACUGUAAGAUCCGCGUCUUCAUCGGUGGAAAAAUCAACAGGAUCGACCAUGACCGCAGAGCCAUGGCCACAUUGCUCAGCAAGUUCAGGAUCGAUUUCUCUGACAUCACGGUCCUGGGCGACAUCAACACAAAGCCCAAGUCAGAGGGUUUGACCGAGUUUGCUCAGAUGAUCGAGCCAUAUAAGCUGAGAGAAGAUGACAUGGAGCAGGAAGCUGCUGAGAAGCUGAAGAGCGAAGAGCCCUGGAGAAUCACAGACAAUGAGCUGGAGCUCUACAAAGCCAAGAGUAACCGUCAGAUCCGACUGAACGAGCUGUUGAAGGAGCACUCGCGCACAGCCAACCUCAUCGUCAUGAGCAUGCCGCUGGCCAGGAAAGGAGCCGUCUCCAGCGCUCUUUACAUGGCCUGGCUGGACACACUAUCCAAAGACCUGCCACCCAUCCUCUUAGUGCGCGGGAACCAUCAGAGCGUCCUCACCUUCUACUCGUAGAGCGCUCACAGACGCAUCUGCCCACUCAAGCACAGCACCUCUGACUGAUGAUGAUGAUGAUGAUGCUGAUAGACGUUUCUCGACAGAGCUGAAACAAACGGACUCCUUCCACGCUGCAGCUCAACAGCGAAGAUCAACGCUUGACGGUUUAUAUUGUCUUGAGCUCACAGGUUUCCGAGCACACGUUGUUACACUGAUUGUUGUUAUCACUGUUAUCGUUAUUAUGACUGUCACAACUUUGAGUUGUGGAUUUUUUUUUUUCUUCCUCUCUUUUUAGUUUGCUCUUGAUGAAGCAAUAAUCACUUUUCUUAUUUUCUCACUUUGAAGAAAACACACGAUUCUUUGCUACACUUUAUAGCCUUGUGGAUGUGCCUUCCUGUGCAAUCAGAUUAAAUUCUUAAACUUUUCCCUGACUG